AUAAUUGAAUCCGCGCAGUAAACCAUUGAGCGUAAAGUUUGAGUGAACGGCAGUAGCAGAAUGAAUUUCUUGAGAUUCGGUGUAAAUUGGAACAAAACUUCAAUCGAAAUCAAAAAUGAAGUUAAAUUUUACAUCCACGAUGACCUUCACAUCGUUAAAUCAUCUGAUUAUGCCCCUCACACAUCUCUAAACAGUUAUUUAAGAAAUGUAUCUAAUUUGACGGGUACAAAAGUGAUGUGUAAAGAGGGUGGUUGUGGAUGUUGCGUUGUUACAGCGAUAAUUAAACACCCAGUUACUGGUAAAAAUGAAACUUUAGCCAUCAACUCAUGUUUGGUGUCGAUAUUUUCUUGUGAUAAUUGGAGAAUUGUAACGGUGGAAGGGUUAAAAGAUACUUCAGGAACACCUAGUAAAAUUCAAGAUACUUUAGUUAAAUAUAACGGGACUCAAUGUGGAUUUUGUACAUCUGGAAUGGUGAUGUCGAUGUAUGCGUUAUCUAAGAAUCCAAAUUUGACCAAAAGCAACGUUGAGGAUGCUUUAGGAGGAAACCUUUGCCGCUGCACAGGAUAUAGACCAAUUUUAGAAGCGUUUAAAUCUUUAACUCCUCAAAUAGAAAAUAAAACAACCUGUUAUAAUCAUGAUAUUGAAGAUGUGCCAAGUUGCCCCCUCAAAGACGAACUUAAAGAUUUCACGCAAUUAUUUCAUUCGAAUUUAGCCCCAUUUGGGUUGGAAUUUUCAAAUUCUAAAUGGUAUAAAGUGGUUAAUAUGGCACAAAUUUUUGAAUUAUUUGAAAAAUACCCAGAAGCUUCGUAUAAAUUAGUCGGGGGAAAUACGGCGAAAGGAGUUUAUAGAGAUGUUGAUAAAGAUUUAUAUAUAGAAAUAGCUGGUGCAAAAGAUUUACGUUCAAACACUAUAUCAGAAAGUCUUGUUACAAUAGGAGCUGGCACAUCAUUAAACGAGUUAAAAACAAUUUUUAGAACAACUUCUCAAUUGCAUAAAUCUUUUAGUUAUUUAGAUGUACUCGCAGAUCAUAUUGAUUUAAUAGCCAGUGAACCCAUCAGAAAUAUAGGAACAAUUGCAGGAAAUCUUUCCAUUAAACAUGAACACAACGAAUUCCCAUCAGAUAUAUUUCUCAUUUUAGAAACUGUCGGUGCAACAAUCACCUUAACGUCAAAAAAUAAAACAGAAAAAAUCGAUUUAUUAACUUACUUAAAAACGGAUAUGAAGCACAAAAUAAUAAAGGAAAUUAUAUUACCACCAUUAAAUUCGUCACAUCUCUUCAACAGCUACAAAAUCAUGCCACGUGCUCAAAAUGCACACGCAAUAGUAAACGCAGCAUUUUUAGUCCAACUCGAUGAAAAUUCAAUUGUUGAAUCUGCAAGGGUUGCGUAUGGUGGGAUAAAUCCAACAUUUAUUCACGCAACAAAAUUGGAAGCUAUCGUUAAAGACAAAAAGCUAUUUGAUAACGACUCAUUGCAACUCUGUUACAAAACUUUGGAUGAAGAAUUAAAACCGGAUUAUGUAUUACCAGACCCCAAACCUGAAUUUCGUAAAGGUUUGGCGAUUGCUCUUUUUUACAAGUUUGUUUUAAGCGUUGCCCCUUCGUUUAUUGUUGCUCCCCAAAUGAUUUCUGGUGGGAAAAAGUUAAUACGACCCCUUUCAAAGGGAACGCAGGAUAUUUUAAAUCCUAACAAGAAUAUUUACCCCAUUACUAAAGCUAUUUCUAAAUUAGAAGCGAUGGCCCAAGCUACCGGGGUUGCUAAAUAUGUUAUUGAUUAUCCUGAUGAACCUGGACAACAUUUUGUUGCUUUAGUUCUUGCUAAAGCAGCACCUUACUCGACUAUAGAGAAGAUUGAUUUUUCUGAAGCAUCGAAACUUAAAGGAUUCGUAUCAUUUUAUACAACAAAAGAUAUUCCUGGUAAUAAUAAUUUUACAGCUUACUUACCAAUCAAAGAAAAAUUAUUUGCCGAUAAAACGAUAGAGUAUUACUCACAACCGGUUGGUAUGGUGGUAGCAACCUCUCAAGAAGUAGCAGAACUUGCAUCUGACUUGGUAAAAGUAACAUAUAAAGCGGCAACGAAAAAGCCUUUAUUGACGAUAAAAGAUAUUAUUAAAAAUAACGUUAAAGAUAAAAUUGUGGCUGAUGCCACUCAUGGCAGAAAAUCGAAAGGAAACGAUAUUAAACAUGUAAUUAAAGGAAAUUAUCUUUCUUCAUUACAAUAUCAUUUUCAUAUGGAAACGCAUAGUUGUAAUGUAAUUCCGGUUGAGGAUGGUUUAGAUGUAUUCCCUACAACUCAAUGGAUUGAUAUUGUACAACAUGCGAUUUCUGAUAGUUGUAAAAUUCCAGCAAAUAAGAUUAAUGUGCAUGUUAGACGUUGUGGGGGUGGAUACGGUGGAAAAAUAACUCGAAAUGCGAUGUUUUCAUGUUACGCAGCUCUUGGGGCGCAUUUAGAAAAGCGGCCAACUAAAAUUUGGAUUCCGUUUGAAACAAAUAUGACAGCAGUCGGGAAGAGAAUACCAUGUUAUGCAACAUAUGAAGUUGGGGUUAACGAUAAAGGUGUUAUCCAAUAUUUAGACAUAGUUGUAUACGCGGAUUAUAGCACUUGUGGAAAUGAACCAAUAAUAAAUGUUUUAAUUCCAAUGGUUUUGAAUGGAUAUAAAACCGAUCCGAUUGAUAUUACAUCCUAUCAUACAUUAACUGACACGGCAGGAAAUAUAAGCUGUAGGGCACCAGGCACCACUGAAGGACUUGGUUUAAUUGAAACUGUCAUGGAACAUAUUUCUUAUGAACUCAAACUUGAUCCCAUCGAUGUACGAUUAGCGAAUUGGGAUGACAAAACUCACCCAAAAGUAUUAGAAUUUAUUAAACAAUUUUUAAUCGAUGCCGAUAUUAAGGAGCGAAUGAAAAACAUUGAAGAAUUUAACAAAAAUAAUAGGUGGAGGAAAAAAGGUUUAUCCACAGUAACGAUGGCCUAUCACUACGAACUUUUUGGCGAUUGGAAUGUGAUGAUAUCCGUUUAUCACGUUGAUGGAACUGUGGCUGUUUCACACGCGGGUAUCGAAAUUGGACAAGGAAUAAAUACUAAGGUAGCUCAAGUUUGUGCUUAUUGCCUUGGAGUUCCUUUAGACGCAAUUCAAGUAAAACCAUCUAAUAAUAUGACAUCUCCGAACUGUAUAGCAACUGGUGGUAGUGCCACUAGUGAAUCAGUUUGCCACGCCGUUAUUAAAGCAGCGGAGAUUCUUACAAAUCGUAUGAAACCGGUGAAAGAAAAAAUAAAAGAUCCCACUUGGUUAAAGAUCGUGCAAGAAUGCUACAAUCAAAGCAUUCCAUUAUAUGCUACAUAUUCAUUCAACACAAAAGAAGUGCAACCUUAUGUUAUUUAUGGAAUAUGUGCCGCUGAAGUAGAAGUAGACAUUCUAACAGGUAAUCAUAUUACAACUCGCGUGGAUAUUCUCGAAGAUGUCGGGGAUAGUAUGAACCCCGCUGUGGAUAUUGGCCAAGUCGAAGGAGCUUUUGUGAUGGGUAUGGGUCUUUGGACAACUGAAGAAAUCAUUAUGGACCAAACCGGUGAAGUCAAAACAAACAGGACUUGGAAUUACAAAAUACCCGGGGCUAAAGAUAUUCCAGUUGAUUUUCAUGUAAAAUUUCCCAAAAAUAAUGCUAACCCGGUCGGAGUUUUUAAAUCAAAAGCCGUUGGUGAGCCUCCAUUAUGUAUGUCAUGUGCAAUACCCUUUGCUAUACGACGAGCUUUAUCUUCAGCUAGAAAAGAUGCAAACUCAAAAGAACCAUCGUGGGUUCCCAUGGAUGGCCCCACAACUGUUGAAGUAACCUUUAUGAACAGUUUAAAUGAUUAUUCACAAUAUAAAAUAAAUUAGUUUGUACUAUUUUGAUGUAAUUUAACUUCUUAAUGGUGCGUGGGAGUCUGGAUUUUUUAGAUUAUGUUAGCCUAAUUAAACAAAUUAUAUGUAAUAUCCCAAAGCAUGUCGUUUCAAAUAUAAUAAUAUUAUUCUUUUCCACUUCUUAUCAUGAUGUGGCUAAAAUAGAAAAUUAAAUUUAGUAGUGCCCUC